AUGAACUUGAAGGCCGCCGUAGUGCUCGCCCUUGGGGUUUCGGCAGCUCCCUUGGCGACUGCGCAUACUCUUCUCUCGAAGAUCUACAUUGACGAGGUCUCUCAGGGUGAUGGGACUUGUCUUCGGAUGCCCGAGGACGGUAGCAAGACCACUUCUCCAGUCGACAGCCUCGAGAGUGAUGACAUGGCUUGCGGCGCAAACGGUGAUACACCGGCAGCAUUUGUCUGUCCCGCUCCUGCUGGCGCGACACUGACCUUUGAAUUCCGCACCUGGCCUGACGCAAGUAACCCUGGAGCCAUCGAUCCGUCCCAUGUUGGGCCCUGCUCCAUCUACGUCAAGAAGGUGGAUGACCCCCUGAACGACCCGGCUUCAGGAGCCGGCUGGGUAAAGCUAUGGCAUGAGGGCUACAAUGAGGAUACUGGCAAGUGGUGCGUCGACAAUCUCAUCGCCAACAACGGCCUUCUCUCCUUCGAGCUCCCCUCUGGCCUCGCCAAGGGCAACUAUCUCGUUCGCUCUGAGAUUCUUGCCCUGCACCAAGCGUACAGCAAGGGGGAUCCUCAAUACUAUGUCAGCUGCGCCCAAGUCCAUCUUUGUAAAGUCAUUCAGUCGAGGUGCGAGGACGGAGACUUUGAAGGUCCGCCGGAGGUAGAGCUCGAGGAGGUGACGAACCCGGCACCUGGCUACAUUCCCAAGGCCGUAAAUUCUGGUGCUGCGGACGGAUCUUAUGAGCCAAGUGGUACUGAUUUUGAUGGCAAAAUCUCAAAGGGAGCCGCCAAGGACGAAAGGGUGGUUGACUAUACCACGAGCGCCGCUGGAACCGCGUCCACUCCGAAGCCGAAAGUAUGCCGAAAGCGAGCCCGUCGCUGA